UUCAUCGUCAGCAUGGCGCUGCUGGUCGGAGGCUGAACCCGACAAGGAAUUAAACGCCAUCAGCAGGGAAUUAAACGCCACCACGCCAGCAUGGCGCUGCUGGUCGGAGGCUGAACCCGACAAGAGCCGAGCAGAGCCGACAAGAGCCGAGCAGAAAGCGACUUGAUGCCAAGAUGCCGACCUUCUCCGUCAUGUACAAAGGAGCGGUCCUCAUCAGCAGGACUCUGAUGGGUCCGUAUGGCGCCGACAGAACGGUUCACUCCAUGGACUUUUCGGACUGUGAGAAUGGUUUGGGAAUCAAAGUGAUCGGAGGUGUGAAGGAGAUCACCGGAGAGGAGUUUGGAGUUUACGUCAAAAGGAUUUUGCCAGGUGGCCUUGCAUCAAGUGACGGAAACCUGUUGCCUGGAGACCAGAUCUUGGAGGUCAAUGGGGAAAGUCUAAUCGGUGUCACAAGUGAAAGAGCUGUGGACGUCUUGAGAGCCGCUUCAGCGACCAAUCGCAUGCGCCUUCUGGUAGCCAGGGAUGAGGAAGCAAAGAAAGAAUUUGCUGAGCUGCUGGAGAAGUAUGGCUCCAAUGGUAGCACAGGAUCUACUCGCAACUCUCCCAUUCAGCAAGGAAGUCGCUGCCUGGAAAGUACUUCGUCUGGGUCCUCAUCUCGCUCCCAGAGUCCAUUGCUGCUGAGCCCAGCUGGCUGCCAGAACACGUCCAACAGCAGCGGGUCCAUGCUGCGCUCCCUCAGUCACCCCGGUGAAGGAGUCAUUCAGCUCAUUUCUGUGACUGGAUCCAAGAGUUUGGGCAUCACCCUGGGAGGUGGCUCCAACCGCCCUGAUGGCCCUGCAGUCUUCAUUCAGGAGGUUCUGUCAGGGGGAGACUGUCACCGGGAUGGACGUUUAAGACCUGGAGAUCAGCUGAUUGCUAUAAGCAAAGAGUCUCUCAUAGGUGUCACCCACGAGGAGGCCAGAAGUAUGCUGAACAAAGCCAAGUCCAGUCAGGAAAACACGGUGGAGAUUGCUUUCAUACCUGGUAAAGGACUUUUCCCAAGCAGCACGUCUCUCCACAAUGGCGUCCAGCGAGCAGCCAGCAACAACUACAAUUCUGGACGCCUAAAAGUCCACAUCCGAUCGCCGGAGAUCUGUGCAGAGGAGCCGUCCUCCGUGUCCUCCUCUUCUCCUGACGUCUGUCCACCGGAUGACCAUGUUUCAGGUUGGCUCCAGCAGAGAUCCAAAGCCAAGAUCACGCUGGACCCCGACAUCCGUCUCAAGUCAGACAGGUUACAUCUGGCUCUCUCCUUCCUUGGUUUGGAUGUGACAGAUGAGAAAAGGAAGAAGUUGCAACAGAGUCUGACCACAGACCCACAAGGCACCGUGGCCUAUGGCGACUUUGUGGCCGCCACACGGACCAUUUUCCAGGAUAACCUGGAGGAACUCAGUUUAGGAGACACACCCUUCAUGUUUUCCUGUCACCAAGCCGCCAGUCUGAUGGACACAUCAGCCUUUCACUCCCCGACGUACGAGUCGCAGUGCAGCUACAGUGGUGAGGAGAUGGAGCACUUCCAGACGGAAGUGAAGGAGCUGCAGACACAGAUGAAGCAGCUCAAGGUGGUGCUUAAGGACAUGGAAACCCGUAAGAAGACCCUUGAGGAUGAGCUCCAGAAGACCUCUGAGAAAGCGUGCGUGACUGUGGAGGAAAACGUCCGUCUAAAGAGUCGUCUGCAGGCAGCCCAAACGGAAGCGGGACAGCGUCAGGCUAGCACCGUCGAGCAGGACUAUGAAGAAGUGAUCCAGCUUCUGGAGACUGAGAUUCAAGACCUAAAGAACCAAGUGGCGGGCAGAAGGCAAACACUAGAAGGGGAUGCCACACAGGAAGUGGUUGAAGAACUGCACAGGAAGUUGACUGCUGUCCACGUCCAGCUCAGGAAGUCGGAGCUGAACAGGAAGCAUCUGGAGAUGUCCAACACGAAACUGCUGGACUUUGCACAGAACGUCCACAAGGUGCUAACAACAACUAGCUUGUUAGCAGGACAACUUGGGAGUAGUGGAUCAUCUCCAGCUGCAAACACUCCUCCAGCUCUUCCCGACCCCGCCUUGCAGCUGGCUGUGGAGGCCCAAGUGUUGCUGCAGGACAUCAGCACUGCUAAUGAUGAUGAAGAAGACUUGGACCUCAUGUGAAGCAAAGAUGUGAUGGAGGACCAAACAGGAAGAAGUGAACUAUAUUCAGAGUCAGAACUUCACUAUUCAGACUUCAUCCCAAGUGAACUAUAUUCAGAGUCAGAACUUCACUAUUCAGACUUCAUCCCAAGUGAACUAUAUUCAGAGUCAGAACUUCACCAUUCAUCCCAAGUGAACUAUAUUCAGAGUCAGAACUUCACUAUACAUACUUCAUCCCAAGUGAACUAUGUUCAGAGUCAGAACAUCACUAUUCAGACUUCAUCCCAAGUGAACUAUAUUCAGAGUCAGAACUUCACCAUUCAGAAUUCAUCCCAAGUGAACUAUAUUGAGAGUCAGAACUUCACCAUUUAGACUUCAUCCCAUGUGAACUAUGUUCAGAGUAAGAACUUCACAAUUCAUCCCAAGUGAACUAUAUUCAGAGUCAGAACUUCACUAUUCAGACUUCAUCCCAAUUGAACUAUAAUCAGUCAGAACUUCACUAUUCAGACUUCAUCCCAAGUGAACUAUAAUCAGAGUCAGAAAUUUACCAUUCAGACUUCAUCCCAAGUGCGCUAUAUUCAGAGUCAGAACUUCACCAUUCAGACUUCAUCCCAAGUGAACUAUAUUCAGAAUCAGAACUUCCCCAUUCAGACUUCAUCCCAUGUGAACUAUAUUCAGUCAGAACUUCACCAUUCAUACUUCAUCCCAAGUGAACUAUACGCGGUAUGGCGUAGUGGGUAGAGCAACCGUGCCAGAACCUGAGGGUUGCAGGUUCGCUCCCCGCCUCUUACCAUCCAAAAAUCGCUGCCGUUGUGUCCUUGGGCAGGACACUUCACCCUUGCCCCCGGUGCCACUCACACCAGUGAAUGAAUGAUGAAUGAUAGGUGGUGGUCGGAGGGGCCGUAGGCGCAAAUUGGCAGCCACGCUUCCGUCAGUCUACCCCAGGGCAGCUGUGGCUAUGAAAGUAGCUUACCACCACCAGGUGUGAAUGAAUGAUGGCUUAUCACUUCUCUGUGAAGCGCUUUGAGUGUCUAGAAAAGCGCUAUAUAAAUCUAAGUCAUUAAGUCAUUAUUAUAAUCAGAGUCAGAACUUCACCAUUUAGACUUCAUCCCAUGUGAACUAUGUUCAGAGUCAGAACUUCACCAUUCAUCCCAAGUGAAUUAUGUUCAGAUUCAGAACAUCAUUAUUCAGACUUCAUCCCAAGUGAACUAUAUUCAGAGUCAGAACUUCACCAUUCAGACUUCAUCCCAAGUGAACUAUAUUGAGAGUCAGAACUUCACCAUUCAGACUUCAUCCCAAGUAAACUAUAUUGAGAGUCAGAACUUUACCAUUUAGACUUCAUCCCAUGUGAACUAUGUUCAGAGUCAGAACUUCACCAUUCAUCCCAAGUGAGCUAUAAUCAGAGUCAGAACUUCACUAUUCAGACUUCAUCCCAAGUGAACUAUAAUCAGAGUCAGAAAUUCACCAUUCAGACUUCAUCCCAUGUGAACUAUGUUCGGAGUCAGAACUUCACCAUUCAUCACAAGUGAACUAUAUUCAAAGUCAGCACUUCACUAUUCAGACUUCAUCCCAAGUGAACUAUGUUCAGAGUCAGAACAUCACUAUUCAGACUUCAUCCCAAGUGAACUAUAUUCAGAGUCAGAACUUCCCCAUUCAGACUUCAUCCCAAGUGAACUAUAAUCAGAAUCAGAACUUCACCAUUUAGACUUCAUCCCAUGUGAACCAUGUUCAGUCAGAACUUCACCAUUCAUCCCAAGUGAACUAUAUUCAGAGUCAGAACUUCACUAUUCAUACUUCAUCCCAAGUAAACUAUGUUCAGAUUCAGAACAUCACUAUUCAGACUUCAUCCCAAGUGAACUAUAUUCAGAGUCAGAACUUCACCAUUCAGACUUCAUCCCAAGUAAACUAUAUUGAGAGUCAGAACUUCACCAUUUAGACUUCAUCCCAUGUGAACUAUGUUCAGAGUCAGAACUUCACUAUUCAUACUUCAUCCCAAUUGAACUAUAAUCAGAGUCAGAACUUCACCAUUCAGACUUCAUCCCAAGUGAACUCUAUUCAGAGUCAGAACUUCACCAUUCACACUUCAUCCCAAGUGAACUAUAUUCAGAGUCAGAACUUCCCCAUUCAGACUUCAUUCCAAGUGAACUAUAAUCAGAGUCAGGAAUUCCACAUUCAGACUUCAUCCCAUGUGAACUAUGUUCAGAGUCAGAACUUCACCAUUCAUCCCAAGUGAACUAUAUUCAAAGUCAGAACUUCACUAUUCAGACUUCAUCCCAAGUGAACUGUGUUCAGAUUCAGAACAUCACUAUUCAGACUUCAUCCCAAGUGAACUAUAUUCAGAGUCAGAACUUCACCAUUCAGACUUCAUCCCAAGUAAACUAUAUUGAGAGUCAGAACUUCACCAUUUAGACUUCGUACCAUGUGAACUAUGUUCAGAGUCAGAACUUCACCAUUCAUCCCAAGUGAACUAUAUUCAGAGUCAGAACUUCACUAUUCAGACGUCAUCCCAAGUGAACUAUAAUCAGAGUCAGAACUUCACUAUUCAGACUUCAUCCCAAGUGAACUAUAAUCACAGUCAGAACUUCACCAUUCAGACUUCAUCCCAAGUGAACUAUAUUCAGAGUCAGAACUUCACCAUUCACACUUCAUCCCAAGUGAACUAUAUUCAGAGUAAGAACUUCCCCAUUCAGACUUCAUCCCAAGUGAACUAUAAUCAGAGUCAGGAAUUCCACAUUCAGACUUCAUCCCAUGUGAACUAUGUUCAGAGUCAGAACUUCACCAUUCAUCCCAAGUGAACUAUAUUCAAAGUCAGAACUUCACUAUUCAGACUUCAUCCCAAGUGAACUAUAUUCAAAGUCAGAACUUCACUAUUCAGACUUCAUCCCAAGUGAACUAUGUUCAGAGUCAGAACAUCACUAUUCAGACUUCAUCCCAAGUGAACUAUAUUCAGAGUCAGAACUUCACCAUUCAGACUUCAUCCCAAGUGAACUAUAUUCAGAGUCAGAACAUCACCAUUUAGACUUCAUCCCAAGUGAACUAUAAUCAGAGUCAGAACUUCACCAUUCAUCCCAAGUGAACUGUAUUCAGAGUCAGAACUUCACCAUUCAGACUUCAUCCCGAGUGAACUAUAUUCAGAGUCAGAACUUUCCCAUUCAGACUUAAUUCCAAGUGAACUAUAAUCAGAGUCAGGAAUUCCACAUUCAGACUUCAUCCCAUGUGAACUAUGUUCAGAGUCAGAACUUCACCAUUCAUCCCAAGUGAACUAUAUUCAAAGUCAGAACUUCACUAUUCAGACUUCAUCCCAAGUGAACUAUGUUCAGAGUCAGAAAAUCACUAUUCAGACUUCAUCCCAAGUGAACUAUAUUCAGAGUCAGAACUUCACCAUUCAGACUUCAUCCCAAGUGAACUAUAAUCAGAGACAGAACUUCACCAUUUAGACUUCAUCCCAUGUGAACUAUGUUCAGAGUCAGAACUUCAUCAUUCAUCCCAAGUGAACUAUAUUCAAAGUCAGAACUUCACUAUUCAUACUUCAUCCCAAGUGAACUGUGUUCAGAUUCAGAACAUCACUAUUCAGACUUCAUCCCAAGUGAACUAUAUUCAGAGUCAGAACUUCACCAUUCAGACUUCAUCCCAAGUAAACUAUAUUGAGAGUCAGAACUUCACCAUUUAGACUUCGUCCCAUGUGAACUAUGUUCAGAGUCAGAACUUCACCAUUCAUCCCAAGUGAACUAUAUUCAGAGUCAGAACUUCACUAUUCAGACGUCAUCCCAAGUGAACUAUAAUCAGAGUCAGAACUUCACUAUUCAGACUUCAUCCCAAGUGAACUAUAAUCACAGUCAGAACUUCACCAUUCAGACUUCAUCCCAAGUGAACUAUAUUCAGAGUCAGAACUUCACCAUUCACACUUCAACCCAAGUGAACUAUAUUCAGAGGAAGAACUUCCCCAUUCAGAUUUCAUCCCAAGUGAACUAUAAUCAGAGUCAGGAAUUCCACAUUCAGACUUCAUCCCAUGUGAACUAUGUUCAGAGUCAGAACUUCACCAUUCAUCCCAAGUGAACUAUAUUCAAAGUCAGAACUUCACUAUUCAGACUUCAUCCCAAGUGAACUAUGUUCAGAGUCAGAACAUCACUAUUCAGACUUCAUCCCCAGUGAACUAUAUUCAGAGUCAGAACUUCACCAUUCAGACUUCAUCCCAAGUGUACUAUAUUCAGAGUCAGAACAUCACCAUUUACACUUCAUCCCAAGUGAACUAUGUUCAGAGUCAGAACUUCACCAUUCAUCCCAAGUGAACUAUAUUCAAAGUCAGAACUUCACUAUUCAGACUUCAUCCCAAGUGAACUAUGUUCAGAGUCAGAACAUCACUAUACAGACUUCAUCCCAAGUGAACUAUAAUCAGAGUCAGACCUUCACCAUUCAGACUUCAUCCCAAGUGAACUGUAUUCAGAGUCAGAACUUCACCAUUCAGACUUCAUCCCGAGUGAACUAUAUUCAGUCAGAACUUUCCCGUUCAGACUUAAUUCCAAGUGAACUAUUUUCAGAGUCAGAACUUCACCAUUCAGACUUCAUCCCAAGUGAUCUAUAUUCAGAGUCAGAACUUCACUAUUCAGACUUCAUCCCAAGUGAAAUAUCUAAUCUGAAUCAGAACUUCACCAUUCAUACUCCAUUCCAAGUGAACUAUAUUCAGAGUCAGAACUUCACCAUUUAGACGUCAUCCCAUGUGAACUAUGUUCAGAGUCAGAACUUCACCAUUAAUCCCAAGUGAACUAUAUUCAGAGUGAGAACUUCACUAUUCAUACUUCAUCACAAGUGAACUAUGUUCAGAUUCAGAACAUCACUAUUCAGACUUCAUCCCAAGUGAACUAUGUUCAGAGUCAGAACUUCACCAUUCAGACUUAAUCCCAAGUAAACUAUAUUGAGAGUCAGAAUUUCACCCUUUAGAUUUCGUCCCAUGUGAACUAUGUUCAGAGUCAGAACUUCACCAUUCAUCCCAAGUGAACUAUAAUCAGAGUCAGAACUACACCAUUCAGACUUCAUCCCAAGUGAACUAUAAUCAGAGUCAGAAAUUCACCAUUCAGACUUCAACCCAGUCACCAGAACCUGCACACCUUUUCAAAAUAAGAGUCAAAUGACAAGUGGAACACAACAAUUUAAAUUGUUGGUUCAGAUCCACUCAAACCUGUUGAUGAUAUAAAUUAUAUUUUAUAAAUAAUACUGUCACAUCAGUGCCCCC